AUGAAAGGUGAGACGAUGAAAGGUGAGACGAUGAAAGGUGAGACGAUGAAAGGUGAGACGGAGAAAGGUGAGACGUGUAAAGGUGAGACGAUGAAAGGUGAGACGAUGAAAGGUGAGACGAUGAAAGGUGAGACGAUGAAAGGUGAGACGAUGAAAGGUGAGACGAUGAAAGAUGAGACGGAGAAAGGUGAGACAAAGAAAGGCGAGACAAAGAAAGGUGAGACGAUGCAAGGUGAGACGGAGAAAGUUUACACUUUUCUUCUUUACUUAAAGUUUACCUUUCCCUGUAAACAGCCCAGCUGUGAAGAGCCCAGCUGUAAACAGCCCAGCUGUGAAGAGCCCAGCUGUGAAGAGCCCAGCUGUGAAGAGCCCAGCCGUAAAGAGCCCAGCCGUGAAGAGCCCAGCCGUAAAGAGCCCAGCCGUAAAGAGCCCAGCCGUAAAGAGCCCAGCCGUGAAGAGCCCAGCCGUGAAGAGCCCAGCCGUGAAGAGCCCAGCUGUGAAGAGCCCAGCUGUGAAGAGCCCAGCUCCCAGAAGAUGGUGGACAGUGAGGUGUACCACCCCCACGUGGCCGAUCUGAUCCGCUGGGCCACAGAGCAAUGCAGCCAGAUGUUGAACGAGACCCCUGUACCCGGGGACGGUGUUUACUGUCCUGGUUUUUUCGAUGGCUUCGCCUGCUUUAACCACACAAGGGCAGGAACCCUUGGACGAGUGCUGUGCUCAGAAGCUUUACCUGUCUUCCCCGCUGAAGAUGUGAGCAGCUUCGUGUUCCUCCAAUGUCUGGACAGCGGUCAGUGGGAGCGGGCAGACAACCAGUCCAGGGCCAACUACUCCGCCUGUACAACGGAGACAACUCAGGUUACUGACACCAGCCAUAUUUAUUUAUUCUUCGCUGGGUCCGCCAUCUCCGUCGUCCUACUGGCCUUCUCUCUGCUGGUGUUCCAGGGUUUUCUGCAGCUGCGCUGUGACCGAGUGACCAUCCACAAGAACCUGUUCGUCAGCUACCUGCUGACCAGUGUCGUCUGGACCAUCUACUACAAGACCGUCAUCCUCAAUGGCCACGUCAUACUGGAGAACCCGCUGUGGUGCCGCGUGCUGCACAUGGUUGCACAUUACUGCAGUGCCAGCAACUUCUCCUGGAUGUUGUGCGAGGGCCUGUAUCUGCACAUCAUCAUGGCGCAUGCGCUGAGGACGGGGAAAAAACUGAUCAAAUGUCUCGUCAUAGGAGGAUGGGGUGUUCCGUUUCUCUUCAACGUGGUGUAUGGAGCGGUCAGAGCAUCUACACCAUCCAGUUUGGAUCGGUGCUGGAUAACAGACGACCACACUCUGUGGAUCGUGUCGGGACCCAUCGCCGCUUCUAUCCUGGUCAACAUCGGCAUCUUGAUCAACCUGGUCCGGCUUUUGAUGACGAAACUCCGGCAAAUUCCGGACGCUAAUCAAAGCAGAAAAGCGGCCAAAGCCACGCUGAUCCUGGUGCCACUGUUUGGCCUGCACUACCUUGUGCUCCCCCUCAUGCCGCCAGCUGACACCCUCAUGCACACCGUCUACCUGCACAUUAUGGCGCUGCUCUUCUCCUUACAGGGUGCUCUCGUGUCCAUCAUAUUCUGCUUGUGUAACGGUGAGGUUCGCACUUUGAUACGGCGUAAGUGGCAGCAGCACCGGUUGAUGUCCGGCCGUACUGCCGGUCACACUGCCGGCCUCACCUCGACCACAUUCAUUGACGGCUAUUCGGUUGUAGACAGCACACGUGAUGGUACAGUUCAAAGGUCAAGGGUCGUUGGCGACUAUAAAACUACAGAUACAUUCGAGCUACAGGCGUGUCCCCUGGCAACCACGCCCCUGGUUCAGGUGUGCCCCCAGCCGACCACGCCUCUGAUGGAACAGGCUGACGGGAACUUGUAGACACAAUAAAAGGGAAAUAACCAAAAAAUAAAUUGUUGCUGCGCUUACAUUAGUGCAUUACCUCCCAUAUCUGUGAAAUCUAUGUUGUCUUAUUAAACUGGUCCAAUUACA